AUGGGUCGCCCCAAGCGGAAGCCAGAAGCCAACGAGUCUUCUCCUGCGGUCUCGAAGAGACAGAAAGCCAAGCGUGAGGCGUCGGAACAAGUCCUCGCAAUCGCCCGAACCGAGCUCGAACCUGACCCCCACGGCCGCUACGGUAUCCUCAGCUACAACUACCCUUACGACAAGGCCGGCGUCAGCAUGGAGAACCAGGUGAAACACCUCAGGGAGCGCGUUCGAUCCUUGGAGAUCUACGUGAGGAACAGCAUCCGGACAGCGGACUGGCUGGAAGGCGACUUUUUCGAGUGGGAUGUUGUCAUGCCGCAUCACUUCCCGCAGGAGUUUGGGGAUGUUUUUCAUGCCACCUGGAGUUUUGCGGCCGGCUUUGCCAUCGAAGACAUCACAGGCUUGUCCAAAAAGCAGAAGGACCAGAUUGUCGCAUCGCUGGAGGGAUGGAUGGUGCAGGAGGACCUGGACAGCAUCCACGCCCGUUUGCAGCCACCUCAGCAAGACCGGUUCGGCAGGGCCCUCUUCGAGGCGCUUCUGAACAAGGCCGUCGUCGAGAUCCUGUUCCGUCACCCGUUCUGGUACCUUGACGAGACCGCCGACGACGCCGGCUCUCAUGAUGACACCGCGUGGGAUGGGGUCUCCCCGCUGGGUGCCAGACUGGAUACAUUGCUUUCGAAGUUUGAGAAAGUGGGGAUGGAGUACGCCCAGGUCUGGCGGUCCAUCACCACGCGCCUCGCCAACAGCGUUGAGUACGGCCAAACGCGCGACUUCGCCCUGGGAAAGGCCAUGAAGGCUCGCCGGGACGCCAAAUGCAAGGCCCUCGCGGCGCACCUCCUGUCCAACGAAGCACUUGUUAGCCUUCUUAAACCCAUUGACGAUCCAUCCCAACGACUGGGCGUCCUCACCGCGGACCUGCAGCAAAUAUCCCAGUCGGCCGUGGACAUGAUUGCACAGAUCCCGCGGCUUAACUUUCACACCCUUACAGACAUUGGGGAGAGCUUCCUCGGCUCGAAAACUCUGCGGGUUGAUUACCUUUGCACCCCGAAGGAUGGCCAUCGCGUGCUUGGCCUGACUCGCCCAUACGUCUUUCGAACCUUCAACCCCGAGACAGUGGAGGAGGAGGUUGAGACCGUUGCACAGGCCGUGGCUUUCAUCGAGGAUGAGAGUCCGGAUGCGGAGCCCUCGGGCAGGGCUGGGGCAAUGGGCAAAGGAAAGCGUGCAAAGAAGCCCAAGGCGUGA